AUGGCUGUCGGCAAGAACAAACGGAUUAGUAAAUCUAGAAAGGGCAUCAAGAAGCGAACUCAAGAUCCCUUUGCUCGAAAGGACUGGUAUAGCCUGCGGGCACCUUCGACCUUCAACACGAGAGAUGUGGGCAAAACUUUGGUGAACCGCACAACCGGUCUCAAAUCGGCGAACGAUGCGUUGAAGGGACGAAUCGUCGAAGUCAGCUUGGCCGACCUUCAGAGUGAUGAAGACCACGCUUUCCGCAAGGUCAAGCUGCGAAUCGACGAGGUUCAAGGCAAGAACUGCUUGACCAACUUCCACGGAUUGGACUUCACCUCGGACAAACUGCGAUCUUUGGUGCGCAAGUGGCAGACUUUGAUCGAGGCCAAUGUGACGGUCAAGACCACUGACGACUACUUGAUCCGCCUGUUCGCCAUUGCCUUCACCAAGCGCCGACCCAACCAGAUCAAGAAGACCACCUACGCUCAAUCGUCCCAGAUCCGCGCGAUUCGCAAGAAGAUGACCGAGAUCAUCCAGCGUGAGGCUACCUCCGUUACCCUCGCCCAGCUCACUGGCAAGCUCAUCCCUGAGGUCAUUGGCCGCGAAAUCGAGAAGACCACCCAAGGCAUCUACCCCCUCCAGAACGUCCAUAUCCGCAAGGUCAAGCUGCUCAAGGCUCCCAAGUUCGAUCUCGGUGCUCUGCUUGCGCUUCACGGCGAGAGCAGCACCGAUGAUGCUGGUCAGAAGGUCGAGCGGGAAUUCAAGGAGCCUGCGCCUCUGGAGAGUGUUUAA